AUGCAGAUUUUUGUCAAGACGUUAACCGGUAAGACUAUCACCCUUGAGGUGGAGCCAAGCGAUACUAUCGAUGCCGUAAAAAUCAAAAUUCAGAACAAAGAAGGAAUUCCUCCUGAUCAACAACGAUUGAUUUUUGCUGGUAAACAGCUCGAGGAUAAUCGUCAACUUUCUGAUUAUAAUAUCCAAAAAGAAUCCACUUUACACUUGGUCCUUCGUUUGAGAGGUGGCGCAAAAAAGCGAAAGAAGAAGACAUAUACUACUCCAAAGAAGAUUAAGCAUAAAAGAAAGAAAGUCAAGUUGGCAGUGCUCAAAUAUUACAAGGUUGAUGAAAACGGCAAAAUUACACGGCUUCGUAGGGAAUGCCCGAACGCGUCAUGUGGUGCUGGCAUUUUUAUGGCUUGGCAUUAUGAUCGUCAGUAUUGUGGAAAGUGCGGUCUUACAUAUGUCUUCAAAAAAGAAGAGGCCGAGGCUUAA